AUGGCAAAGAUCGUGCCAGUUGAUGAGAGUGAAGCUACAGUAGAUGAUGCUAAAGUUGAGAAAAAGACUGAAGCUGAGGAAGAUAAGGCUGAUCAGACAUCUGAUGCUGAUAAAGAAAAGCCAAAGUCUGAGCAUGAAUUGGAAGAUGACGAGAAAGAUGAAAUCAUCAAAAGACUGGGAGCUCAACUUGCUGCUCUUAUGGCCAACUCAGAAAAAUCGACAGGAGAGAAGCACUUGAGAAUGUUAGAAGAGAGUAACAGUGAUGAUGAAAAAGUUAAAAAGAAAAAGAAGAAAAUUAAAACACCAGUCAGCAAUGAUGAUGAAGAAGUUCCAGUAAUCAAAAGGAAAGUGAAAGAAGUUCCAGCUUUCAAAGUUGAUGUAGAAGCUGACGCGAAAAAUAUUCCGGUGAUUUGUGAAAACUGUGAGAUCAUAAAAAAGAAAAACAGUGAAUUGAUUAAUAACAUGAACCGACUGAAAGAAUCAUACGAUGUUCUGAACAAAGCCAUGAAUAUGAUUUAUCCAACUGUGGAAGGCAUGAAGGCUUUUGAAGAGGACACUUCUGAAGAAAAGAAGAUAGACACAGGAGAAAAGACAUCUGAGAAAAAGAACUCUGAGAAGAAAACGUGUACUAAAGUGAAGAAUUCUGGUGUUGGAAAAGGAUGA